AUGGACCGACAAGAGAUAAUAAAUAUUCAGGUAAAUACUCAUGAAUAUGAAGAAAUAAAUUUACCAUAUAAGGAAAGAAAGCGUCCUAAAAAGGUAAUUUCCAAGAAAAAAAUAUCCUUAUAUAAAACUGAGAUAUGUAAAAGUUUUGAAAGUAGUAAUUAUUGUACAUACGGUGAUAAAUGCCAAUUUGCACACUCCCUCCAUGAACUCCGUGAUAUUGAAAGGCAUCCCAGAUAUAAAACUGAGUUGUGUAAGACGUACACUACCACAGGAGAGUGUACAUACGGUAAAAGGUGCUGCUUUAUACAUGCAGGGCCCAGUGAGGAUAUUCACACUGACUUACAAGAUGCAAGGAACUUACCGGGUGACUGGAAAGUGCCUGGUGUACAUGAUAAGUCUAUUGAGAUGUGCAGGAUAUCUGAGGAUAAUGACAUGAAGAUAUCGGGUUAUAUCGGGUUAUCACCAGAUGAAUUAGAUAAGAUUAAGAGUCUUAGUGUGUAUAAGGUUAAUACAGAUAUAAUGCAGACUAAUUAUAAUAGGGUUAUAAAUAUACCAUCUGUUAUAUAUGUAAGUAAUACUUAUAGUACGUCUAAUAUAUGGGUUAAACCUUAUUUCUGUUAUAUAUAUGUAGAUGCCUUGUGUAAGGUAAGUAAUAAGGUAUCUAUAGGGAAGUCACCUGGACUAUUUACUAUACUAAAGGAUUAUACUGAAUAA